GAAUAUGUCUUGUGUGCAUGUUAGUUAACUUGAACAGGUGAUGAUAAUCCAUCCCGCUGUUCCCCUAUCUGCCUUGCUGACUCUCCGUGUAAUGUCGAUUACUUAAUUAGGCGGGAGCUGAAUAUGUGAGAAGAACCCUUGAAAAGAAAGAAGAAAAUUAAACCAUGUCUAACAUGUGGAAAUGUCUCCAUCGCGAUGGAAACGAAAAAGGGGGGAGCCAAUCGGCCCUACGAUCAUGAACAAGAGUCGCAUGGAAAAGAAGAAAAAAAUGGCGGAAAGGAUUAAUUAGUUUACUGCGAACAAGGAGGGCAAAAUGGUGAGGUUGCAGUUUGUUGUUCCUUCAGGGCACGCCGUAUUACGUAGGCGAUGUGCCAAGCCCACAGCAAUAUUUCACUAUCAGGGGUUCAGCUGUAUGUAAGUGUCGUUUCUUUUGUCAGAAUCUUACAAUAUAUCCCCUGUCUUGCAAGGCUUUUUGAUUAUAGUCUGUAUGUCAUCGUAAUCAUCGUCAUCGUUUAUCGAAAAUGGGGAUUGUUCUAUGGUUGUUCUGGAAGGAAACGGGUUAGAAUAUUACAUACAUGAAUGACUAUCUAGUCACCUAGUAGAUAGAAUAUGUAGGCGUGUUCUUUUUGAAAUGGGAUUGUGACCUCUGCAGCUACAGGCGGUAUGUAUGUAAUAUUCCUGAUAAGCAAUGAUCCAUGUUGUAGCGCUGUAGCGCUGUCUCUCUUUCUUUUUUUCUCCAAUACCAAUACAACAAUGCCUUCCCAUGUAAUCAUAUUAAUCAUACCAAGCAUGAAUGUUGAAUUUUGUUAGGUUGAAUCAGUAAUGCACAAGUCCGCCAAAGAUGAUCAUGUCUUCAUUUAGUUAUCCCUAAUAUCCCCCCUUUUCUCCUUGCCUUUACCAACUGAAUAGUGCAUUAUUCAUAGUUACUAACAAGCCCGUCUCGAAUAACAUAAUACCCGCCCGAAGCGGUGGUCCGGAUCGGAACAGGGCAAAAUUAAAGCAAUCAAUAUCAUUCCAACAUCCCGUCCGUCCAUCCCAUGUAUUACCUAUCGUAUUAUGAUUCAAGGGUGGGUAAAUUAUGUUCUAUCUCACUCUCGACCCUCUUGUCCCGUCGGCCGUUAAUUCGGGCAAAUUAUGUUAGAUUGGGGUAAAUUAGCCCGCAUAGGUGGUCGGAUACGAGGGCUAAUUGGCCAGAAACGGGAGAGCAAGGUGA